GUGAAUAUAUACCUCGUUAGUUGCGAUUAGUGCGCGAGAAUCGGGCGUGCGGCGCAGACGUGUUGUUUGGAACUGCACGCAAGCGAUACCACAGCAGUCCAGAGGUCAUGUUGGACGUGUUGAUGACCACCCUGCUGGCAGGGAUGAUGUUCCUGCUGGUCUACUGGUACUACUCCAAUGCCUUCUCGUACUGGUCCAAGAGAGGCGUCCACACCCCGAAGCCACUACCUUUCUUCGGCAACCUCAAAGACUCGAUGCUGUGGAGGAAGAACUUCGCGCACGCCAUGACGGACAUGUACCUCCAGGCGGAGGGCCUACCGUUCCUGGGCUUCUACCGGUCGGCGACCCCGUUCCUGAUGCUGAGGGACCUUGAUCUGAUCAAGCACGUGAUGGUGAAGGACUUCCAGUUCUUCGGCGACCGGGGGAUCACGGUUGACGAGAAGAGGAAUCCCAUCGGCGCGCACCUCUUCUCUCUGGGGGGAAGUCCUUGGAGGAAGCUGCGCGUCAAGCUCACCCCGACCUUCACGGCCGGGAAGAUGAGGAUGAUGUCCGGGCUGGUGCGGGAGUGCUGCGAGGAGAUGGUGUCCUGGCUGCAGGACUCUGCGGCCAAGGAGGAGGACAUUGAGGUCAAGGAGGUGGUCGCCAAGUUCACCACGGACGUCAUCGGGUCCUGCGCCUUCGGCCUGCAGAUGAACUCGAUGAGGGACCCCGACUCGCAGUUCCGGAAGAUGGGCAAGAAGAUGUUCACGCCGACGCUGCGCAACACGCUCGUCAGGGCGGCUGGCAGCCUCGCUCCGAUCCUGCUGAAGAUCUUCCCGUUCCGCCUGGCCGACAGGGAGGUCAGCGAUUUCUUCAUGAAGCUCGUCGGCGAGAUCGUCUCGUACAGGGAGGAGAACGGGAUCACCAGGAACGACUUCAUGCAGCUGAUGAUAGACCUCAAGAAGAACAAUUCCGCUGCUGGCGAAGACAAUGCUUCCAAUCACGAAAGUUCCAAUCAUGUCACAGAGAACAACCACAAACUUGACGACUCGUAUGAAAUCACGAACAGCCGCAUCGCCGCGCAGUGCCUGGUGUUCUUCGUGGCCGGCUUCGAGACGUCGUCCACGGCGCUCAGUUGUUGCCUGUACGAGCUGGCGUCCAACCCGGACGUGCAGGAGCGGCUGGCGCGCGAGGUGGCCUCCGUGCUCGGCAGGCACGGCGGCAGCAUCACGUACGAUGCGCUGCAGGAGAUGAAGUACAUGGACCAGGUGGUCGAUGAGACGCUGCGCAGGUACCCGCCGGGCGGCACGCUGCUCAGGCGGUGCACCAGGCCCUACACGCUGCCGGGCACCAGCCUGCACCUCGACAAGGGCAGCCUGGUGAUCAUCCCGGUGCACGGACUGCACCACGACCCCGAGUACUUCCCCGACCCGCUCCGCUUCGACCCGGAGCGCUUCAGCGAGGAGAAUGCCAAGCGCGUGCCUCAGUUCGCCUACCUGCCGUUCGGAGAAGGCCCCAGGAUAUGCAUCGGCCUGCGGUUCGGCCGCAUGCAGGUCAAGGCGUGCCUCGCUGCUCUGUUGUCCCGCUACCAGUUCUUCACCUGCGCCAAGACGUCGACACCGCUCAAGUUCGACCCCAGGGUGCCCUUGGUCACCACGCCCACCGAGGUGUGGCUCACCAUCAAGAAGCGACCGGCCGUCAAAGUUGCCGGGCUAUAGACUACAGAGCAGCAGCACACGCACACUCGGUCCGCGAGUUGUGGCUCACCAUCAAGAAGCGGCUAGCCGUCAAAGUUGCCGGGCUAUAGACUAUAGAGCGGCAGCUCACGCACACUCGGUCCGCCAGCUGCGGCUCACCAUCAAAAAGCGGCCGGCUGUCAAAGUUGCAGGGCUAUAGACUAUAGAGCAACAGCUCACGCACACUCGGUCCAGGAACUGUGGCUCACCAUCAAGAACAGGCCAGCCGUCAAAGUUGCCGGGCUAUAGACUAUAGAGCGGCAGCACACGCACACUCGGUCCGCGAGCUGUCUCUCACCACCAAGAAGCGGCCGGCCGUCAAAGUUGCCGGGCUAUAGACUAUAGAGCAGCAGCUCACACACACUCGGUCCGCCAGCUGCGGCUCACCAUCAAAACGCUGCCGGCCGUCAAAGUUGCCGGGCUAUAGACUAUAGAGCAGCAGCUCAUGUACACUCGGUCCGCGAGAUGUAGCUCAUCAUCAAUAAGCGGCCGGCCGUGAAAGUUGCCGGGCUAUAGACUAUAGAGCAGCAGCUCAUGUACACUCGGUCCGCGAGAUGUAGCUCACUAUCAAGACGCGACCAGCCAUCAAAGUUGCCGGGCUAUAGACUACAGAGCUGCAGCACACGUAUACCUAGUCCACCGUCCAAUAAAGUUUUUUUUAAAUAUAAUAUUGAGUGGAGUGAAUAACACUAGUUUAUACCAUAGAAUUAACUACAAGGUAAUUAUAACAUCAACCCAAAUCGGUGGGAAUAAACAGAAGCUAAAACUAUUUAGUAUCAACUAGCCUGGAAGUAGUGCUACCUAGAAAUUCUGUAGGCACACAUACCAAUAGUUGUAACUAGGUGGUAGCAGUAACUUGAUUCAUCACUGUUGUUGUUUUGCUCCGCACAGACCUUACGUUCGUUAGUUGUGUGUCGUCCGCCCUAGGAACACGUGGUCGGUUAGUUAGGUGGACUUUAUCGACUACUUAUAACCUAUUGUCGUUUUAAUUUUGGUAAUUUGAUAAUCAUGUAUUUCAGUCAAUCUUCUGACGGUGAUGUAUACAAGAAAUUCUUUUUUUUGUUCAACCGGCAUUGUUAUAUAAAUCUAGAGUAACCAAUCUUAUGAUAUAUGAAAACAAGCUUGGGAUCAAGUAGUUACGGAAUCAAAGUCACGCAUUCGCAAAUGAGUGAAACUCUUCAAAACAUGAAGAGUCACAUAAAAAAAAACUGAUACUUAGGCUACCGGAAAUGAAAGGAUUAAGUCUAUGGAGUGGGAGAAACAGUUGAUGUUAAUUCUGAGGGCCGAAGGAACCUCCUAGUUUUACCAAAGUUCAAGGUCGUGUCGUUCUAGGUGUAUGUGAAGCGAACAAACAGUACAAGACCACUGAAUGCCAGUAACGUAUCCCCUCUUUCAACCUCACUUAAACGGGAACGUUGAAAAAAAAAAACAAAAAAAACAACGUACAGCAGAGUUACGUCUUGAUGUAAUCUUUUGGACAUACGCCAUUGCUAAGCACUUUUUCUGUAGAAGAAAACUAAAAAAUACCCAAAAGACAAAAAACACAAGUUAAGCAAAAAAUUUUUCGUUCUCUUAGUCCAUUUUUCUUUGUUUUUCUUUGUUUGUUGACCAUAUUCCUGUUAUGGAAUAUGAUGUGGUGUUUAUAUCCUGUUGACAACAGCAAUUUUUUGCUUUAUUUGUGUUUAUUGUCUUUUGGGUAUUUGUUAGUUUUAUUCUACAAAAAAAGUGCUUUAGCAAUGGCGUGUGUCCAAAAGCUUACAUCUAGUCAUGCACUCCCAUUGCACAAAUCUUUCAAAAAUAAUAGCAGAGUUAUGUGUGAGUCCGGGUGUGAAAAAAAUGUGGCUUAGUUAUGAGAAUAUCGGUACAAAAUAGUUGUGUUCACCUCAACUGCAGAGAGUUGUACUUUCAAAACUGAAAAAAAAAAAAAAAAAGGUUGGACAUACGUAAUGUAUAAAUCGAAAUUGAGAACUAGCAGGUAGUAUAUAGUAUAGAACUGAAAUAUAAUUUAAUGCAGUUUUUUUUGGACAUACGUCAUUGUAGAUUUGCACCGUUUGUCAUGGAAAAAUUCCGAAAAUCAAAAAUAAAUAAAAAU